AUCAGCACCAUGGAAACCCAGGUGUCCAACGGUCCCAGCGGAACCAGUCUGCCAAACGGUCCAGUCAUUAGCACCAAUGGCUCCACAGAUGACAGCAAAACCAACCUGAUCGUCAACUAUCUGCCUCAGAACAUGACCCAGGAGGAGUUUAAAAGUUUGUUUGGUAGCAUCGGAGAAAUUGAGUCCUGCAAGCUAGUCAGAGACAAGAUAACAGGUCAGAGUUUAGGAUAUGGCUUUGUAAAUUAUGUGGAUCCAAAUGAUGCGGAUAAGGCCAUCAACACACUCAAUGGUCUCAAACUGCAGACCAAAACAAUCAAGGUAUCUUAUGCCCGGCCAAGCUCGGCAUCUAUUCGUGAUGCCAACUUAUACGUGAGUGGACUCCCCAAAACCAUGAGCCAGAAGGACAUGGAACAGUUGUUCUCCCAAUACGGUCGUAUCAUCACAUCCCGCAUCCUAGUGGACCAGGUCACAGGCAUAUCACGCGGAGUUGGCUUCAUCCGGUUUGACAAGCGAAAUGAAGCAGAGGAGGCCAUCAAAGGUCUGAAUGGACAGAAGCCUUUAGGUGCUGCUGAGCCAAUCACUGUCAAAUUCGCCAACAACCCCAGCCAGAAGACAGGCCAGGCCUUACUGACUCAGUUGUACCAGACAGCUGCCCGCCGCUACACGGGGCCCCUGCACCACCAGACUCAACGUUUCAGACUCGACAAUUUACUAAACGCCAGCUACGGAGUCAAGAGCAGAUUCUCCCCCAUCACCAUUGACAGCAUGACCAGCCUGGCUGGAGUCAACCUUACUGGUCCCACUGGAGCCGGCUGGUGCAUCUUUGUAUACAACCUGUCUCCCGAGGCUGAUGAAAGCGUCCUGUGGCAGCUCUUUGGGCCCUUUGGCGCUGUCACCAAUGUCAAGGUCAUCCGUGACUUCACCACCAACAAAUGUAAGGGCUUUGGCUUUGUCACCAUGACCAAUUACGACGAAGCGGCCAUGGCUAUCGCUAGCCUUAAUGGCUACCGCCUGGGUGACCGUGUGCUGCAGGUUUCCUUCAAGACCAGCAAGCAGCACAAAGCCUGA